AUGCUUCGCAAAAAGGAUGUCUUCACCGUCGUGACACCCAUUCCGGGCUUCAUCCCCCGCCAGCUCGCCAUCGACAUCCUCCACGCGCACAGCGAAGUCAUCACCCUCAACCCGCUCGUGCUCGAGCACCGACCGAUCCCCGCGCCGCGCGAUGCCGCCGCCGACGAAUACUACAGCACCUGGUACGAGAUCGUCGAGCGCAUCCAGUACAUCCCCGGUCUCGGCAAGGCCGGCUCCGGCCUCAUCACCUUCACCGGCUGCUUCCACGACAUGCCCUGGGGCCUGCAGACGCACACCAUAAUCAAGGCGCCCAUGAACGUCGACCUGCGCAACAAGUACCGCAUCGCCGGCAACCAGCCGGGCAUCGAGCUUCCCGAGGCGCGCGAGAUCGGCCUCGAGGCCCUCGGCGCGCCUGCCGAUGGCCUCUACCUGCGCGAGGACAUCGAGAUCAAGUGCAACAUCGCCAUGGUCGGCUUCGUCAAGACGCAGCUCAAGGCCGCGAGCAGGGAGAUGGUGCAGCGGAUCAUCAAAAAGGCCGAGCUUCUCGAUGCCGGCGUCCUUCACGCCAUGAUGGAGAACGGCAAGCUCAAGACCUACAACCCCAACGACCGGUCCAAGUUUGGACCUCGACGGGCGAACUCGAACAUGCUGCCGAACCCGAAUGCGGACCCGUGGCCGCAGGACGUGUACGUCUCGGGACCGACAAGCCCACGCAUGCCGUCGCCCUUCGACAGAGCAUCGGAGCCGUACUAUGCCCCGACUCCGUACCAGCAACCGUCGAGCGAGCACUCGACGCCACCUCCCCCGGCGCCUGCUCCGGUACCACCGCCUCCUGCGCCCAAGGACGAGCCGCGAGUCGCGCCGGUCGAGCUCCCCGGCGACUGGCAGCACUACCAACCGCCUUUGCAAGACAAGCGCCUGCCACGACCUGCCUCGGACAACCCAUCGUCGCUGGGGAGCUCUUACGGAGCCGCAUCCUCGGACCCGCGAUGGUCCCAGCCGCCACUGAGCCCUGUGCUACCGGACACGACCCGGACAAGCUUCCAGUCCGUCGCCAGCAGCGGCGGCAACCAUUCGGCGAUGCAUCCUUUUGCAUCCGAGCUCGCAGCUCACAGGGAGAUUAAGGAGUAG